AACAUGGUGAUGAGUUUCAGAGUCUCAGACCUUCAGAUGUUACUGGGUUUUGUUGGCCGGAGUAAGAGUGGACUUAAACAUGAGCUGGUCACUAGAGCAUUGCAGCUGGUCCAGUUUGAUUGUAGCCCUGAAGUUUUCAAGAAAAUUAAAGAGCUCUAUGAGACUCGCUAUGCCAAGAAGAGCUCUGAAUCAGGGCAGCCACAGCAGCACCGACCUCCAGAGGCACUCUCUAUACAUUCUUCCUAUGACCGAGGGAGCACUGUUGCUAGGACUUCUCUCUCCACUCCUAACAUUGACUAUCCAGCACUCUAUGGGAAAUACCUUAAUGGACUGGGAAGGUUACCACCCAAAGUUGUAAAGCCUGAAGUUCGGCUGGUGAAACUUCCCUUCUAUACCACCUUGGAUGAACUGCUGAAGCCAACAGAGCUAGUCCCACAGAAUAACGAGAAGCUUCAAGAGAGUCCGUGCAUUUUUGCACUGACGCCAAGACAAGUAGAGCUGAUCAGAAAUUCCAGGGAGUUGCAAGCCGGUGUGAAAUCUGUUCAGGUUGUGCUAAGAAUCUGCUACACGGACACUAGCUCCCCUCAGGAGGAUCAGUACCCUCCAAACAUCGCAGUGAAAGUGAAUCAUAGUUACUGCUCAGUACCGGGCUACUAUCCCUCCAAUAAGCCUGGAGUAGAGCCGAAAAGGCCUUGUCGUCCCAUUAACCUCACACAUCUCAUGUACCUGUCUGCAGCGACCAAUCGUAUCACGGUUACGUGGGGGAAUUAUGGAAAGAGUUAUUCAGUGGGCCUAUACUUAGUGCGGCAAAUGACCUCAGCAGAAUUGCUGCAGAGGUUGAAAACCAUUGGAAUCAAACAUCCAGAGCUCUGCAAAGCACUUGUAAAAGAGAAAUUGCGUUUGGAUCCAGACAGUGAAAUUGCCACUACAGGUGUUCGAGUCUCUCUCAUCUGCCCGCUGGUGAAGAUGCGUCUGUCUGUUCCAUGCCGGGCUGAGACCUGCGCCCACCUACAGUGCUUCGAUGCAGUCUUCUACCUACAGAUGAAUGAGAAGAAGCCCACAUGGAUGUGCCCUGUGUGUGACAAACCAGCACCCUAUGACCAGCUAAUAAUUGAUGGGCUCCUCUCAAAAAUACUGACGGAAUGCGAGGAUGCAGAUGAAAUCGAAUUCCUGGUGGAUGGAUCCUGGUGUCCAAUCAAAGCUGAGAAAGAAAGAAGCUGCAGCCCUCAGUGUCCGAUAUUGGUACUAGGUUCUUCGGAGGUGAACGGGCUGUUGCCCGCUCCCAACAGCAAUGGAGAGAAUGGCAAGGCCACCGCCGAUGUUGUGGAUUUAACACUGGACAGUUCGUCGUCCGAGGAAGAGGAGGAGGAAGAGGAGGAAGACGACGACGACGAUGAGGGACCCCAACCGAAACGACGCUGCUCUUACGAGAAAGGUUUAGUGUCUGCCUGCUGACUGCAGAAGUGGCUCUGAAUCUCAGAAUGGACAGACUUGAAUACUCUGGUGCUUACAAAACCGGAGGGGGGGGGAUUCCUCCUUCACCUCACUUCCCUUCCUCCCUGGUCUCCUUUGACUUUCCUAUUCCAAGUUAACCAUUAAAACGAAAAAUAAAA